CCAUUUAAGGCGCGGAGCGCGGCGCGGGCGGCAGUUGCUGUGGUUUCCGCCCCGGGCCGGCUUCGUUCUGGGCAGAGCAGACGCUCCCGGACGGACGCGGCGCCUCGAGUCCAGGUGUGUAGGUGGCUGCGGACCCCUCGAGGUCAGUCCCUCGGCGCCCCUUGUCCGAGCCGGGGCCGGCCCCCCUGCGUCACCGGCGCCGCUUUGGGGCCCGCGUCCCGGGCGCCCCGGCGCGGCCGCGGAGAAGGCCGCCUGCGAGAUGUUCAAGAACACGUUCCAGAGCGGCUUCCUCUCCAUCCUCUACAGCAUCGGCAGCAAGCCGCUGCAGAUCUGGGACAAGAAGGUGCGGAAUGGUCACAUCAAAAGAAUCACUGAUAACGACAUCCAGUCCCUGGUGCUGGAGAUUGAAGGAACAAAUGUCAGCACCACGUACAUCACGUGUCCUGCAGACCCGAAGAAGACGUUGGGAAUUAAACUUCCAUUCCUCGUCAUGAUUAUUAAAAACCUGAAGAAAUAUUUUACUUUUGAAGUACAGGUCCUCGAUGACAAAAAUGUGCGCCGGCGAUUUCGGGCAAGUAACUACCAGAGCACCACGCGGGUCAAGCCCUUCAUCUGCACCAUGCCCAUGCGGCUGGAUGACGGCUGGAACCAGAUCCAGUUCAACCUGUCCGACUUCACACGGCGGGCGUACGGCACCAACUACAUCGAGACGCUGCGAGUGCAGAUCCACGCCAACUGCCGCAUCCGCCGGGUUUACUUCUCAGACAGGCUGUACUCAGAAGACGAGCUGCCAGCGGAGUUCAAGCUCUACCUCCCGGUGCAGAACAAGGGGAAGCAAUAACUGGAGUGCAACUCAAGGGAUAGACCCUGGACCCGACUCUUAGUUUUAAAGGAGACUAUCUGGAGGACAAUGCAGAAAAACAAAUAUUUCUAUUAGUUCACUGUGCUGUGGUUCUUUUGUCUGCUCCUGGUGUCCCGUCGCGGACACAGUGACUGCCGUACGUAACGCCUCGUAAGUACAGUGGGGAAGAGGGGCUCCUGGCUCUGAUCCCGCUGCCACCAGCGCGGGGGAGAUUCCUGACCACGAGCUCAGAAUUAAAGGUGUCCCUUCAGACCAAAACCUCUCUACGGUUUGUUCUUCGUUUUAUAUAUGACCUGCAUAUAUGUAUAUGCUUGUAAUACAUAAUCUGGAAAUGAAUAAAAUGUUAUAUUCUUGGUUUGUA